AUGCCGAUAGGAAAAAUAGAACCAUUUAAUUUAAGCUCGAAACAGUAUACGCUGCGGCCAGACGUGGCGGCCGCAGUGCGCUCUAAGCAAGAGCAGCAGGUAGUACGCACCGCCGGUGCUAAUAGGGAGUUUCGCGUGGGGGAUGCGGUACUCGCACGUGACUACAGAACGAAGGGAAGCAAGUGGGCUGAAGCCAUAGUUGUUAAGAAGACGGGACCGGUCUCUUAUAAAGUUGACUUAGGAAAUGGUGUAGAGUGGCGUAGACAUGUUGACCAAGUUAUUCCAACUAAGAAUCGAUUCUCACUGUCACGUACGAGUGCCGCGCCUCCGGCGGACAGCAGUGGUUUAAAAUCGGAUACGACAGAGGUCGAUAAUGGGGCCGAAGAUGAAGUAUUUGAGGACGCUUCAAAUAGGGAUGAGACCUUGAAUGAACCCUUGGAAGCGGUGGAACAGCCACAGGCACAGUCCGGGAUCUCUCCAGCGCCUGUGCCUGAGUCGCCUUCACCACAUACAUCAGCUCGAGCACUGCGUGCUCUAAAACGAGCUAAACGCAAUAUU